AUGGACAAAUAUAUUAAAUUAAAUCGUAUUGGUAAAGGAGCAUACGGAACUGUCUACAAAUGUAAACAUGUUCAAAGUGAUGAAAUAGUUGCUCUUAAACGUGUUCAUCUUCAUAUGAAAUCUCCAUCGGAUGAAGGUGUUCCAAAUAAUAUCAUUCGUGAAAUUAAAGCAUUGCAAGAAAUUGAAGAUCAUGAAAAUAUUGUUAAAUUACUUGAUGUAUUUCCACAUGGUAUGGGUUAUAUAUUCGUUUUUGAAUAUAUGUUAAGUGAUUUAUCUGAAGUUAUUCGAAAUGUAAAUCAACCAUUAACAACUUCUCAUAUAAAAAGUUAUAUGAGAAUGUUAUUAAAUGGUGUUUCAUUUUGCCAUGAAAAUCGAAUAAUGCAUCGAGAUUUAAAACCAGCUAAUUUACUUAUAAGUACAACAGGUCAUUUAAAAAUAGCUGAUUUUGGUCUUGCAAGAAUAUUUGAUAAAGCUAAACCACAACGACAAUAUAGUCAUCAAGUAGCAACAAGAUGGUAUCGUGCACCGGAACUUCUUUAUGGUUCACGUAGUUAUGAUGAAGGUGUUGAUCUAUGGGCUGUUGGAUGUAUAUUUGGUGAAUUAAUUAAUCGUAGUCCAUUAUUUCCAGGUGAAAGUGAUAUCCAUCAAUUAUGUUGUGUUUGUAAACUUCUUGGAACACCAACUGAAGCUCAAUGGCCGGAAAUGAAAAAAUUACCUGAUUAUGGAAAAAUUAGUUUUGAUGAUUUUGAAGGAAUGAAAUUUGAAGAUAUUGUACCAGAAGCAUGUGCAGAUGCAAUUGAUUUAUUAAAAAAAUUUCUUGUUUAUCCAUCUAAACAACGUAUUGGUGCUCAACAGGCUUUAUUACAUUAUUAUUUUUAUACAUCACCAUUACCUUGUCAUCAUACUGAUUUACCAAGACCAGCUAGACGAAAAAAUCGACAUGUUUAUGAAUUUGAUGUUAAACGAAGUAUAGCAGAUAGUGUUAUUGAUCACGAGUCGAUUUUAUCAACGAAUAGAAAUUAA